AUGUGUACUCCGACACAGGUGGGGGUGAGGACAGUUGCCACAGUUGGCAGAGGAGCAGUCUGGGCUGGGCCUGCAGAAGGGUGCGAUUUUCCGGAUGCUUGUCAAAGCUUUGAAGGGUCGGCAUCAGCCAAUUUGUGCACACUCUUGAUGAAAUCAGGGUAUUUACUCAAAGCCUCUUUAAUUAAAAGUGCUAACUGGUCUUUGGAAAAAGGUUCCAGAAGCUUCUCUAUUAGCUCAUCCUCAAAUUCUUCUUCCUCUUCUUCAUUUUGCCCUUCGCCUCGACUCUCACCGUUUGCUUGCUGUUCGAGGGAUUUUCCACAUUUUCUUGUCCAUUAA